UCUCAUCUCAUCCAAACACCAGCGCCAAUAACCACUCUGCACUGAUGUACGCGCCCUUCCCUUCUCUAUCCAGUCACUCUGUGGCCAUGAAUAGCUUAACGGCGAGUUUCACAGCUCGGAUAUGCGUCACGCGCCGCGACCUACUCCAUGUGCGACGCCGUUCCACAUUCAGCCGCGUCGCCAUCAAACUCACACAUCCAAGAAUCGUUUGCAUGGCGGAACCUUAUCUGAUAACGAAGUUAGAUUCUGCGGAGAAAACCUGGAAAGAAUUAUCGGUCAAGCUUGCUGAUCCAGACAUUGUGUCUGAUCCAAAGGAGUAUCAGAAGCUAGCACAAUCAGUGGCAGAGCUUGACGAGGUUGUGUCCGUCUAUAGGAAAUUUAAGGACUGUGAGAAGCUUCUAGAAGAAACCAAAGCUUUAGCGAAGGAUGCUGGAAAUGAUGAGGAUAUGGUGGAGAUGAUAUCUUAUGAAAUCGAAUCGCUGUCCAAGCAACUCGCUGAGCUUGAGGACCGGCUUAAGGUGCUACUGCUUCCCAGUGAUCCUCUGGAUGCUAGAAACAUAAUGAUUGAAGUACGAGCAGGAACUGGUGGUGACGAGGCUGGAAUUUGGGCUGGUGAUCUUGUUCGAAUGUAUGAAAGAUAUAGUGAAAGGAAUUCUUGGAAAUAUUCUCUCGUCUCAAGCUCUGCGGCAGAAAAAGGAGGAUACAAAACUUAUGUAAUGGAGAUAAAAGGAAAUCGUGUUUACAGUAAAUUGAAAUAUGAAUCUGGCGUUCACCGAGUUCAACGUGUUCCUCUAACAGAAGCACAGGGCCGGGUACAUACUUCUACUGCAACAGUGGCUAUCAUGCCAGAGGCUGAUGAAGUUGAAGUCGUAAUUGACCCCAAAGAUAUUGAACUGACUACUGCACGUUCUGGGGGUGCUGGAGGUCAGAACGUAAACAAGGUUGAAACAGCCAUUGAUCUCUUCCAUAAACCAACGGGAAUCCGCAUCUUUUGUACCGAAGAAAGAACACAACUUAAAAACAAGAAUCGUGCAUUUCAGUUGCUCCGAGCAAAACUAUAUGAGAUCAAGGUAAGGGAACAGCAAGAGUCAUUACGAAACCAAAGGAAAUCACAGGUCGGUACAGGUGCCCGAGCAGAAAAAAUUCGGACAUACAAUUAUAAGGACAACAGGGUUACUGACCACAGAUUGAAGACAAACUACGAGCUCACAUCUUUUCUUGAUGGUGACAUAGAAGAUGCUGUUCAGUCUUGCGCUACAAUGGAGCAAAAGGAGCUUCUGGAAGAACUUGCUGAAUCUGUAGGAGCUACGGCUGGCUGAUCAUCUUGCCCAAGUUAUUUGAAAAUUUUGCUGUAGUACUUUUCACAAUGGACGAUCUAUCGUAUUGUUGUUUCCCUGAAUGUGUCCAUCAUGCUAAGUUGGAGUAUACGUAUCGAAUUGCUUCAAUGUGCAGUGAAUAGGGAGCACUUUUACAUGUAACAUUUAAUUAUAUGUAGGUUUUUGCGGACAUUCAAUCCUAUAGUUAUGAGUAAAGAUCUGUUUGAUAAUGUA